AUGAGAAGCCGCCGGCCAACUGACGGCGCCCUAUCUCAGCUACUACUGCUUACACUCCGCAUCCCCUCCGCCAGAACGCGAACCAGCCUUUCCCAUACGCAGACGCACAAGGAAGACGCCGGCGCAAGCGCAGACUCGUACGCAGUAGAGAUGUGGGGGGUGAUCCCUCCCCCCCCCGUCCGAAGGGUGUGCAUAGUAAACUUGUCAAAAGACAUGCGACUUGCGCCCUUCUGA